ACAAUCCCGCAGUUUCAUGUUCAGGCAAAUGCUCUCCGAAUAGAAAAACGAGUCCUUGCUUGCAUUGUUUUGAUGGUGGCUAGCGGAAUAGUUUCUGCUGAAAUCCUUCGGUAUGGCAGGCCACCAGUUAAUGGACACGAAUUUCAACGCCAUGCCAUCAGAAAUGGAUUAUAAUCAAGAAUUAAACUUCAGAAAAGCAAAAAUGACAACGGAACAGGGUCUAUCGAGGUUGACACUGGGUGAAAUUGGGAAUAGGGUGUCCGCAAUCACAAUCGACACAUCAAAAGGAGGUGCAAUAAAGAAGGAAAUUCUGCAACCAACAGACAGCAUUCUCACACGUGCAAGGAGUGCCAAACUUCGUGUCUCAUCGUCUGUCUCUUCAACUGCAUCGUCAAAAGAAGUGCCACCCAGCAAGCAUGAAUUUGGUGGACCAGCAUUUAUGAAACAGAAGACAUUUGCUGGUGAUGAAGGGGGGCCUGUCAAAGUGGAAUGGAUGCCAGGGCACAAUCUCCUUCCGAGUGCGUCACGAAUUGCAGAGGGCGAUGUCGCUCUGUUUGAUGCUAUGAGCCAGGCAGCCCCCAUGGAUGUCAGUGAUGAUGGUUCUGAUGCAUUUUCCAAAGCAAUUUUCAAAGAGCACAUAGAAGACAUUGAUGCAGAAGAUGCAGGAAAUCCUCAGCUUGUCAGCCUCUACGUCAACCCCAUUUAUUCUUACAUGAGGCAACUUGAGAGGAAAUACUGUAUACGGGUGAAAUUUCUCGAAGGAUCUGAGCUGACGGGAAAGAUGCGAGCCAUAUUGAUUGACUGGUUAUGUCAAGUACACAACAGAUUUCACUUGUUGCAAGAAACUCUCUACCUCACUGUUGCUAUAAUUGACAGAUAUCUCCAGGUAAAACCAUGUUCGAAGAACCGCCUUCAACUGGUUGGAGUAACAGCAAUGUUGAUUGCCAGCAAAUACGAGGAGAUGUAUGCUCCUGAAGUGGCAGAUUUUGUGUACAUAACAGACAAUGCCUAUACAAAACAUGAUGUACGAGACAUGGAGCAAGACAUAUUGCGAACGCUGGAUUUCAGUUUUGGCAGGCCCCUGUGUCUUCAUUUCUUGAGGAGAAACUCAAAAGCUGGCCAGGUUGAUGCAACAAAACACACUCUUGCAAAAUAUCUCAUGGAGCUGUCGAUGAUUGAGUAUGACAUGGCCCACCUCAAACCCUCUCACAUCGCUGGUGCCUCAUUGUACUUGGCUAUGGCUGUGUUAGAUGGAUCCCGAUGGACGGAGACUCUUCGCUACUACAGUGCCUAUUCGGAAGAAGAGUUGGUGCCAUUGGCGAGGAAGCUGGCACAGCUUGUGGUGAAGGCAGAGUCACACAAACUUGUGGCUGUUAGAACAAAGUACUCCAGUUCAAAAUUCAUGAAGAUCGCAGUCAUUCCGCAGCUGAAGUCGAAGACCCUCCUUGAGUUUGCCAACAGUGGGGACAGAGAUUCCUAGUCAAUAUGUCAAGACCUGUUUGUUUGUGAGACUGUGAUGAAUGAAGGAUCCUCUGCAAGGGCUACUGAUUAUCACUGGAAGCCUUUUGCACCUGGUUGAUGGGAUCUUUUUUAGUAUUUUUAUGUGUAGUAGUUGCCAGUUUUGGUAGUUGUGUCAUGUUAGAGGUGAGCUCUUGAAAAAGAGGCCAGGCUUUUUUUUUUAUGACAAGUUUGCCUGGCUUUGUUCCGGUCCAGAGUAUCUCCAGAUGAUUUGAAUAACAUGAUGUGCCUUUUCAACCAUCUGUAAAAUAAAUAACUUUUAAAUGGGAAAUUUCUCCUAUGAAUUUUUGUUAAAGCCCCCCCAUUUUUGACAUGUUUUACAAGAUUCGUUACUAUCACAUUAUAAAAUUUAAGAAUAUGUUGAAGCAUGUGAUCUGGUAAAAGUGUACCUAUGUAUAUAGAAUUGUGAGUGUCGAAUGAAAUGUAUUUUAUUGUAAAAGUUAAUUUAUUAUUUUUUUCGCUC